ACAAGGACGAUGACUUUGAGUAUGACACACCAGAGAUCCUGAAGACUUAUGAAAAGAAAAGAAAGACUGCUGCACAGGAACAGCCAAAGCAGAAAAAGAAAGCACAACCGAAGCCGCCAACAAAAAUUCAGAAAGGAAAAGAAGUGCAGCACCAAAUACAAAUAAAAGAGGUGAAUUGUGAGAAGUACACAUGGAAAACAUUAAAGCCUGAACUAGCAAGACACUACCAGCAAUUCUUUGAGAUGGUGGAUGACAAUACAUAUGUCUACUGGAGCAGUGAAAAUGGAAUACUAGGGGUAACCAGGGGAGACAUGAAGAUUAUCGUAGAAGAGAAAGAUCUGGAUGUUAAUGUGGUCAAGGCUUACACUGAAAUGUUGCAGAAGGAAAUGAAAGAAACGAACACUCAGAUUGGAUUACUAAACAUCGAAGCAGCGUUUUACGCAGUUCAACACGAAAAGAAACUAGCGGAUUUCAAAAAAGAAGGCAAGAACAUUCUCAAAGACGACUUCAAAGGCCAUGAUAUUGAAAUAGAGUUAUUCCUGAUCGAAGAACUGUGGAGUAAGUUCAGCUACCCCAAGGUGAUUAUCCCAAUACACCAUUACUACAGCCAGCACUACACACUGCUUGUCAUCGACAAUGAGAAAAAGCAGUUUGUUCACAUGAACUCUAUGCUGCCACCAAAGAAGGAAUGGACAAAAGAUAACCAAUAUUACAACAACGCAAACUGGGUGGUUAAGCACAUAAGGAGGUUCAUACACGACGUGAAGGUGACAGGGACAAUAUUUCCAGAUGACAGCCAGGAUCAAGAGAACACAAGAGAGAAGUGCAAAGGUGAGGACAGUAAAGGAGAACUUGUCACUGAGGUUGAAGAAAUGACACCAAGAGAGAAAGAGGUCAGAAGGUGGAUCUUGGAUAAUCAAAUCGGGGAAAAUGACUAUGAGCUUGUAGAAGACUUGAACUGCCCUCAGCAGAAAUCCUGUUCGGAUGACUGUGGGCCGUUUAUGAUCCAUUUCAUGGAAAGCAUAGUUCACGGAGUGCAACCCAGCAAGAAGAAAGGCAAUGACAUGAGGAAAACAAUUCUUGAGAGGUUUGCAAAGGAGGAAAGUGCUUGGAGCGUCGAAAAAUACCUUGCUGAAACUGCAGAUGCUGUAGGAGAGCCAAAAAAAUAGAAAAUGAAUAUUUUAAGUAGUUACUUUCUGUUGAACUUACUUUGAUUUGGAAUAAUUUCGGAUGAUUUGACAUCUUUUCAAUUUAAUUUCUGUCAACUUGAAAGAA